CGGAAACAUUGCCGGGUUACUACAAUGCAAAUACUAGUAAAUGACACGAAGUGUUUGACAAGUACUUCCCUGUUCGAGUUGACAGCAAAAUGUUCGGUCACACGUUGAGGGCUCCGGAGUUAUUGAAAAACAAGGGCAUAACAUUCGAGGCAUGGAAGAAGUGGGACAAAACUGCAGAGACGUUGCCGCGCAAAGGCCAAAAGCAGUAUGAACCGAAUAACUCUUGGCUACAGAAUAAACAGAUAGAAAAGGGACUUAAGGAUCGCAAGGACUUACUUGGAAUAGAGAGGGUGGAACGCAGUUCUCAGCUUGCCACAGCUGAAUGGUUACCACUCGAAUCAAGGGCUCGUGUCACCAAAAAGUCCGGUCAGGAGUGGACUAAUUUUGGUCUUGAAGAAAAUCUUGAACUGUAUCUGAUCCCAGAAGAGGCAUUGCUUCUCCUUGAGCUGAAUCGUCUGGAACUAACAUGGGAAGGUGUCCCUCUUUCUGUCCAACAAGCAUAUGCAGUUCUUUUGGAAUCGAAUCAACCUAAGUGUAACAUAGAUGAAUAUAGGGUAUACAGUCACUUGGUACGUCAAGGUUACCGACUACAAAGAUUCCGUUAUGAAGAUGAUUCAGUCUUAUCUGACAUGAAUACUUCUUCUCGGCGAUCGGCGAAAUUAAAACGAAAAAAACUGAUUCAUGACCCUCGGGGGGGUUUUGGAAUGACGAGAGCUCGCAUGAGUGUAGCUGAUUCUGAUGAAUCAACCAAAAAUGAUUCAACCAUGACUACACAGGACUUCAACUCAGUCGAGAGAGAUCAGGGUAUGGUUGAUGAUACAAAUGACAAGCAGAUUGGCUGCAGUCUUAGAACGGAAAAAUCAUACGAAUGUCCGAGUUCAAGCCAACCUGGUGAUGAUGUAGAGAGCAGGUCGGAAAUAAACGUGUCUAACACUUCAGAAACUCACACUUGUGAGGAUAGUGCAGGAACCAAUGAAGUUGAGAAAAUAAUAACACCACUUGGGACAAAUGUGGAAACUGCAUUUGUGUCAGGAACUGGAAAAUAUACUUUGGAUGGCGCCACAAUAGGUACGAAAAAGUUACCGAGUGAAUUAUAUGACAAAGGAGUUGAAAAUCUACCGGGUCCUAGUAAUGUGGAGGCUGAUAAAAGAGUCAACAACCAGGGACACAGCAAGAAAUUGAAAAUCAUUUCUGAUGAGACUAUUUUAGGUGAUAUCAAAAUAUUAUCGAAAUGGCCUGGUACACGAAUACAAAGAAAUGUAAAAUGGAUGCCAAAACGAAAUACUACCGAAGCUCUGCUACCAGUGACCGAAAAACAGUCCAGUGGUUGCAAUACAAUCAACCAUACCAACAUUGAUGGUAUGUCACCACUGGCAAGUCUACAUUUAAGGCUCGGCGGUGUAACAAAAUCCCCUCGCUCAGAUAAGGACCUUGAAAACGUAGAAAGACCAAAGAAGGUCGUGCAUGAGGUGAUUGAAGUUUCUGAUGAUGAAAUUGAGGAGGUACCACGGAAGAUGUCAAGAAUGGAAAUGCUAAAUCUCUUUCCAAAUGUCAUGUCUGAAGCAUCAUUACUUCAACCGAUUCCUAGAAAGUAUUUACCCUGUAAUGUCCGACCACAACUAUCAUCAGUUCAAAGACAAGCCCAAUACUACGCCCGUUCAAAAAGCAGGAAUGACGACUCACAUGAAGAUAACUAUAACACUUCACCAGAGGGCCGAUCGCGAUUGGCAAGUGAUACCCCUGGACCACUCUCUUGUAGAAAUACAAUUUCUCGCAAUGAAUCUACUCAGGUUAAUUUCAAUGGAAUUUCAGUAAAUUGUAGAAAUGAAGUUUCGUGGCAAGGUUUAACCUUCUCCAAAGAAUCAUAUGAAAGUCGAACGAUGUACCAACGAUUCUACAAUCAAGGAGCACCCUGGCGAAGUUUGCCUAAUUACACAGUAUUCAGAGAACCAGAACACGUCUCCGUACAUUUGCGAACUUAUACGGACAUUGCCAUAGCGCAACAUAUUUCGGGAAGGUCACCAUUUCUUAGACGCGGUUUUUCUCAUCGUCAAAAUAUUUGGUCCAAUAUGAGUUAUUAUCAUGCUGGACAAAAUUUUUUAAAUCUCACACCUCGAAUUCUUUGUGAUAGAGUGUCCACUUACAAUGGUUUCAGCCACUUUGGGAAUCCAGUGACUCAAAGACCGACUUAUACUCCUAAAAGAGGGUGCGAUAUAUCUAGAUAUUCAAACCGCAAAUAUUAUUCAAAUCGGGCCGCAGAAAUAGGUAGGCCAUCUUUUAAAGUUGUUCCCGGCGCUUCGUCAUGGGCCGAAACUAAAGCAAAAUGGUUAGAAGAAAAGACAAUAACAAUAGAUGACGAAGACUGUGUAAAUAAGAAUUCAUCAGGCGACGAAAGUGAAGUAGAAGUGGUGGCGCAGCUGGUGAAGCCAUUAGUAGGUCCGCAGAAUAUGACUAGUUUGGCGAAAGUUUACCAAAGUCUGCAAAUUAUAAAAAAUAUUGCAAAUAGAAACACUGUACGCCCAAGAAAGCUAGAAAAAGUUAACUACAAGAUCUCUUAUAAUUUAUACUCAACUGGUCAGCAUUACAAAAAAGCAAAUCCUGGUACCCCUAUGUAUAGGGUAGUCGUAUUCAGACCUGAGUUGACUCCGUUCAUUGAAUUGGCAGAAAUAAUACGCCUACAGAAAGAAGCCAAGGAGUCACCCAUAGUUUUCGCGUGUGCGUCGCAAACUUCGGUCACCUUUGCUGAGCUGGAGACUAUAAGGAUACCUGAUAUCCCGGAAAUCUGAUUUUCCCUAGGCAUUACCUUUCUUCAACACGAGAUAUUGUUCAGUACAGUUGCUAAAAAUUCGAUUACGUUCUUGAUGUAAUGAUGUUUUAUAUACAUGUACCCUGUAUGUAGAAUAAUGUCUGAUCCUUAAUUGUAAACAAUAUGAACGUUUUUAUAUUCACGGUUAUAACUUCGGCUUUAGUUCGUAUGUAACUG